AUGGACCGCGGACGUGGUGGGCCGCCAAGAGGAGCUCCGAGAGGGGGUAUGCGUGGUGGGCCAAGAGGUGGGGGACCGUCGUCGUCGAUGGAGAAACCCAAACGCGAAGCCAUCCUCGACUUGUCCAAAUACGUCAAUGAGAGAAUCCGAGUCAAAUUUACUGGUGGUCGCGAGGUAAAUGGUGUCCUCAAAGGAUACGACCAGUUAUUGAAUCUUGUCCUUGAUGAUGUUGUGGAGCAAAUGCAAGAACCAGACCUUCAUACGCGACAACUUGGACUGGUCGUCCUCCGUGGCCCCACAAUCACCCUUGUCAGUCCUGUUGAUGGCUCGGAGGAGAUCGCAAACCCAUUCCUUGCCCCCGAAUAG